AUGUUCCAGUGUCUUUUAUUGAUUAUUGUUCUAUCACAUUUAAUUUUAGCCAAAAUAUGCGCAGAGUACCAAAACUCAAGGCUAACCAAAACGAGCAACUGCAAAUUUUGGGUAUGAGCAGAGAACGGUUAUUCUACGGGUAUCAGGCACCCCAAGAAGAAUUGCCAAAUAUCAGCGAGAUUAAUCAAAUUAGCAAAACAUUAA